AUGAGCACCUCGUGGAAGGUGAUUGACUUCUGCCGGUACUUCGGGGUGGAGGCGGCCGUCGACCCCGCCGCCGUCGCCCCCGCCGCCGCGCAUCACUUUUUUCACCAUCUCACACGCACGCACGGCAUCGCAGCGGAGGCCGCCGCCGCCCGACUGCGGACGCAGAACGCGGUGGAGGCCAUCCUCCGCGAAGAGGGGUUGGACGACGACGGGGCCCUCGCGCUCGACGUCCUGCGAGGGGAACCCGCCGCGGCGGACACCGCGGCGCUGCGGGUGUCUGUGGCGCGGCUGCUGCACGAUCGCCGCCGCCUCGCGUGUGCCGUGACACCGGCCGGCAAGGAGGCGGGGCGGCUACUGCAGGCGCCGGCAGAACCGCGGGUGCCGGCGGCGACGGGGCCAGCGGCGCUGUGGAACUCGCUGGUCGCCAUCGAGGCGGCCCUUUUCUCCGCCGCGGUGGAGUUGAGCCGCAGGAGCGACGAGGUGGACGCGCGCGAGGCGGCGGCGGUGGCGCGGGUGACGGCCGUGGAGCUUGCGGAGGCGGAGCUGCGGCAGCGCGCCUCCGCGCGGCAGCAGGAGGCCCUGGCGACGGAGGCGGAGCUGGCGGCGCGGCGAACGGCCCUACAGGUGGAGGCGGCGACGCUGGAGGAGCGGCGGGCGCAGCUGGCGCGGGCGGAGGCGGCGCUGGACGCCCGUGCGGCGGAGACGCGGCGCGCGGAGGAGGCGGUCGCGGCGGCCCGGGCGACGCUGGCGGCGGGGCAGGCCGCCCUCGAGGAGGAUCGGCGGCAGUGCGCGGCGGUGGCGCACGGCCUCGUCGAUCGCGAGCGGCGCCUCAAGGCGGCGGAGGCGCUGCUGGCGCAGGCCAAAGACGACCUCACGACGUACGAGCACCGCCUCACGCUCGCAC